AUGUUUCGAAGUCGAGUUUUAGGAACCACUGGAUUCAAACUAAAUUCGCCCCCAGCUUAUAACAAAAAAGUACAGUACAGUACGACCACAGCGUAUGUGAAGGAAGAAACGGUGAAACGAGAAACCCCUGAGUUGACACGGCAGAAGGAUGGAGACAGGUUCCAUCCCCAACAGGAGGAACAAUUUCCAACUCGCCACAAAGGUAGGUUCAAACACUCUUCAUCAUGGCCAAAGGGCCUGAGCAAGGGACGAAGACACCAUUUCUAG